GUCUAGUCGUGAUAGAGGACUUACGCAUAGUUUCUUGGCCUGUCCUAGUUUCACCUCCUAGCCUUUGCCGUGACUUUCCACAACAACAGUUUCUAUCAGUACACGUUUCCUUCUGUGCUGCUGUCACCAUGAAUCCGGAAAAGCUCAAGGCAAUGCAGGACCAAGUCCGAAUCGGCGGAAAGGGAACUGCUCGCAGAAAGAAGAAGGUCAUGCACAAGACGUCCUCGUCCGAUGACAAGAAACUUCAGAACCAUCUGAAGAAGAUGGGCAUGAACAGCAUCCCCGGAAUCGAGGAAGUCAACAUGUUCCAGGAUGACGGAAAUGUUCUCCACUUCAACAACCCGAAGGUGUCCGCCCUCAUCCCAGCAAACACUUUCUCCAUCAGUGGACCUUCUGAGACAAAAUCUUUGGCUGAGCUUCUCCCCAACGUCCUCUCACAACUCGACCCACAGAGCCUAUCUGGUUUGAAGAAGCUCUUUAGCAGCCCAGCUGCCAAGAACGGAAGCAUCCCAGAAGCCGCCAACGAGCAGGAAGAUGUCCCAGAGUUGACCGGAGACUUUGAAACUGUCGCCGAAUCUUCGUAAUUGCCGCACACCACCAUGCCGAGUUGAGAAUCACAUUAGGUUUUAUGGAUAACUCCCCUCUCUUCUUACGUUUCUCCAAUUCCCUCUGAAAUCUUUUGUGGUGAUGAAGAGACUUGAAAAGACCAAA